AUGUCCUGGGUGGCAGAUGUUCAUGCGAAGACAGGCGCGACGAUCUACAUCUUUCUGGCGCUGGCAGCCAUCGUCUUCCUGUUCCGGGGAAUCGCUGCGUGGAACGGCUUCUUUAUCCAGAAGCUGCUUAAGAAGAUGUAUGAUAGUGACCUUGCCGCUGAGACGGAGCGGCGUGUCUUCGCCGAGCAGCGCGCCCGUGAGGCCGAGCAGCGUCUCGCUCAGAUGGAGCAGUGGUGUCUCGCCCAGCUCGAGCAGCGAGCCCCCGUUUCCGGUCUUGCCCCUCGCCUCUCUUUUCCCGCCGCCGAGAUCGACCAGCCUGUCGACGCCGACCAGCCUGCCGACGUCCAGGAGCCUCUGGCCCGGCAAAUGAAGUGA